CAGCCGUUGCCAUCAACUUCAAACAGCCCUUUCCGAGUCUGUCAGCAGUGUGUCGCCUGGCUGUGCUGCUUCUCCCUACGGCCCCACAACUGGAAACAUGCUGUCCUUCGCUUUGAGACGACUCACACGGCCACUAUGCCAGCGUGCCCCAGUCUGUGUCAGCGUGCGUGGCCAGCACGCCGCCACCCGUGCAGUGGAUGAAGAGCGUCCGUGGACUGGCCAGGAGAGUCUGGCUCAGGAUGACCCAGAGAUGUGGGAUCUGCUGCUGAAGGAGAAGGACAGGCAGUGCCGUGGCCUGGAGCUCAUUGCAUCAGAGAAUUUCUGCAGUCGAGCAGCUCUGGAAGCUCAGGGCUCCUGUCUGAACAACAAAUACUCUGAAGGCUACCCAGGGAGAAGAUACUACGGUGGAGCAGAAGUGGUCGACCAAAUCGAGCUGCUGUGUCAGAAGCGAGCCCUGGAGGCCUUCGACUUGGACCCAGCUCUGUGGGGUGUUAAUGUCCAGCCGUACUCUGGUUCCCCCGCUAACUUUGCCGUCUACACCGCUGUGCUGAACCCCCACGACCGCAUCAUGGGUCUGGACCUGCCCGACGGAGGACAUCUGACCCACGGCUAUAUGUCUGAUGUGAAGAGGAUCUCUGCGACCUCAAUCUAUUUUGAGUCCAUGCCCUACAAGCUAAAUCCUGCAACAGGACUCAUCGACUACGACCAGCUGGAAAUGACGGCCAAGCUGUUCCGGCCCAAGCUCAUCAUCGCUGGCACCAGCGCCUAUGCCCGCCUCAUUGACUACGCCCGCAUCAAGAAGCUCUGCACUGACAUUAAGGCCUACCUGCUCGCUGACAUGGCUCAUAUCAGUGGCCUGGUGGCAGGAAAAGCCAUCCCCUCUCCAUUUGAUUAUGCUGACCUGGUCACCUCUACCACACACAAGUCGCUCAGAGGAGCCAGGGCUGGCCUCAUCUUCUACCGUAAGGGUGUUCGCUCAGUGGACAAGAAGGGGAAGGAGAUCAUGUUCGACCUGGAGGACAAAGUCAACUUCUCCGUCUUCCCCUCCCUGCAGGGUGGACCUCACAAUCACGCCAUCGCUGGUGUGGCUGUGGCACUCAGACAGGCACAGUCUCCCUUGUUCAAGGAGUACAUCAGCCAGGUAUUAAAGAACGCCAAGUCCAUGGCUACAGCUCUCCUCAGCAAAGGCUACACCCUGGUAUCAGGUGGGACUGAAAACCACCUGGUCCUGGUGGACCUCCGGCCUAAGGGCAUCGAUGGGGCUCGUGCAGAGAGGGUGCUGGAGCUGGUGUCAAUCACUGCCAACAAGAACACUUGCCCUGGGGAUAAGAGCGCCCUGACUCCUGGAGGCCUCCGGCUGGGUGCCCCAGCUCUGACCUCCAGACAGUUCAAAGAGGCUGACUUUGUGCAAGUUGUUGACUUUAUGGAUGAGGGCUUCAAGAUCGCCUUGGAUGUCAAGAAGAAGACAGGAAAGCUUGCGGAUUUCAAGAACUUCCUUCUCCAGGACCCAGAGACUGUGGCUCGCAUCGCUGACCUGCGGUACCGUGUUGAAGCUUUUGCCAGGCCCUUCCCAAUGCCAGGCUUCCAUGACCAUUAGGAAACCCAAUAAAGAGUCAGGGGGGGGGGCGCAGUGGCCAGGUGGCAGAAGGCUGGCUGGCCAGAAGCAUUGGGGAGAGGGGAAAAUAACAUGGCAGUGAAAUGUGCUUGAUGACUCACAACUUCCCUUUUUUCCAAACCAGAUCUGAGAAACCACAUCUUUUUGAUACUUCUCUGCAAUCAUUCAUCAAUCUAUUCUUGUAAAAACAUUUCCUCCAUGUUGAGGUAAAGAAACAAUAAAAUUUGACAGAUUUUUUUAGAGCUGAAGAACCUAUUUUUUAUUGUAUGUUAAAAAAUCUUUCUCAGUUGUCUUAACACCAUUUCUGAACUGUUCGUGUGAGAGGGAAAAAAAGUCGAACUAACAAGACAAACAACGACCAACAGCUCUUGCAUUCUGUGAUGUGAUUAAUGUCUGAAUAGAUAUAAUAAGCUACACAGAUUAGUCUUAAUGCUGUGAAGAGUCUUAAUUAAUGUCACUGAUGUAGAUUUUUUAAGGUGUGUGCAUGAUAGCCUUCUCCUUUCAUGUUGUGUUUAUGAAACCAGGUACAGAAAGGAGUUUCAUAAGGUUGAAGCUUAAUGCGCCAUAAAAUGUUUGAUUUUCCCUUUUGAGCACAACUUUUUUGAGAAUCAGAAAUUAACCCAAAAUGUUGUCAAAAGGCAACCCUUUCACUCAGAGGAGUUGUCUCUAUGAUGUAAUGGUGACUAAAUAAUCUUAAUCUUAACACCUAUAAGUAUACUUAAGAAACACCACAAACCAUGGCCAAACAGUUUUAGAAAACAUCUCUAAAAUGAUUUAAAAAAAUAAUAAUUCUCUGAGAUUGCAUUAAAGUAGAAUAUGUCCACCUUGUGUGAAAAUCUAUUUUUAAAUGGUAUUUUUUGCUUAUGCUGCUGUGAUUGCAUCCUCUUUUUCCUCAGAUGACAGUUUGUAAUUAUUAUUUUGUUAUUACAGAUAACCAAAUGAAUUUAACAGAAGUCAGCCUGGAUUAUUGACAUUUUUUCUUUAAGAGUGUUUACAAAGAGUAUAUACUUUCCUUCAUUAUUUAUAGAGUCAACUGGUGUAUUAGUCACAAAUAAACUGACAUCAAUUUGGAGGUCUCAACACCAGCUAUGUUGUGCUAGAAACUAUUUAAGUGCUGUCUUUUUCCUGAUUGUGUUCAACAAUGGGAACUGUAAAGCAGCCUAAUUUGAUAUAGCUUUGUGGAUUAUUUAGUUGUUCAUGUGAUUCACAGAUUGAAACUGUUUCCAUUAUCACUGCAUCAGUGACAAAGAAUGAUUUCUGUAUGAGAAAUGGUCCUACAUCACCAUUGACAAAACUCUGUUAGAAAUGUGUUUACUCUAACUUUGCACAAAGCACAGCUUCUAACGUGAACCAAUCAUGACUUAUCAGCACGACUUGCAGACAGCCAAUAGACUAGAUUUUGCCAAAUUAUAUCACCUUCUUUUGUUAUACUUAUCAGUGUUCCAACUGUUAAUCUGUUCUCUUUAUACUGUUGCCAGCCAUUUUACAGAAACUCAAGUUUUAACAAACUUUCUUUUACAGUUCAUGUUUAUUCAUUAACAUUUAAUUAGUGUAAAUUGAGUCUUAAUAAAACAUGACGAUGCAAA